AUGGAGCUAAGUCUUUUUGGAAUAAUUUCUUUUCUUUUUUUAAUUUCUUUUUGUCUCUCUUAUGAUGUUAAUGAAAAAAGAGAAAAAGAAAAUUUGAGAAAUGUAUCAAAUAUUGUAACUAUUGAGGUUCUACCUUCAGAUGAAGAUGACGAAAAUUAUGAUUAUGAUUAUUUAUUAAAUGAAUUUAUAGGCAUUAAUAAUAAUAUUAAUAAUGUAUAA